GUUUUUCAUACAUUAUUCAUAAUUUGACGCACAGCUAUGUGUGGGCCAAUGAAUAACAGUGUUACUUAGCAACACACCUUGUUGUCUCUGCAAAAAGGGGCGUAGCUGAUUACGCGUAGCUCAGUUGUUUGCUUGCAGGAACGAAGAGUAAUGAGUUCCAGCAGUCUUUCCAGUGCAUCUACUGAAUAUUGCAGCACUAGCAAUGAUUGGAACAGGCAGUAUGCUGCAGAAACAGCUGGAGAAAUUCAAACCAGUCCUGUAACUUUAGGAGCAUCAGAUACACAAUCUGUAAUGAAAAGCAACUCUACACCUCGUCCAUCAAAUAGACAUUCGAAGCAAUGCAGUACCACACACUCGUAUUCGUACCACAGACCACUUCACUUUUAUUAUUUAUCUGCAUGUUUGCUACUUACAGUGCUAUUACUUGCUACACCGCUUCAAGCAACCGACUCUGACAAAAUAGAUGCAAUUUUACUGUCAAUACCGACUCAGCGUAAAAUACCAGACACUACAGCAACCAUAGGGAAAAUUUUCAUAUUUGAAAUACCCAGAGGAGCUUACAAUGGAAAUAUCAGUGAUAUUAAAGUAUCCAGGCAAAAUCAGCAGAGUUUACCACCUUGGCUAUCAUUUGACUCCUUGACAAGAACAUUCUAUGGGAUACCACUACAGGAGGAUAUCGAUACAGUUUAUAUAUCAGUCAAUGUAUACCUGGAUGAAGAUGACUGGGUCACCAGUCAAGAGAUCUUUAGCAUUGAAGUACUACCAACAACUACUCUUUCAUCCUCUUCCCUUCAAGCAAUGGAUGAAUCCAAUAUCGCUAAUAUUGAGGCUUUUAGGAAUGAAGUCCCUUGGACGAGUUUCUGCAGUGAGGGCUUCUCUUUGUAUCCUCUUCAAUGUCCCAGUGGUUCUUCUACUGUUCAAGCUAGCGUCCAUAUUAAUUGCGAUAUCAUCAGUACGAGUCCUACAGAAAGGAUAUCAAUUAUAUUAUCAGUCAGUCAGUUAUUGGCAGUGUGCCCGCUUCAACUCACACUCUAUGCAGAAAAUGAUAAUGCAAUGGCAUUCAUCAUAGCAGAGGACAGAGUAGGCAAUCCAAUGGCUAAUACGAUAACACUAUCACUCCUCAUUCAUUGUGAUGGCUCUAACUUAUAUCCAAUUAUCAUACAAGAUGCAGUGCAAUUGCUGGAAGGGAUUCUCAAUGCAACUAUACUCAAUAACACUCUAGCAUUGCAAGCAUGGUCCAUUACAAGUUCUAAUGCAAAUUAUCAUGACGCUGUAUCGCCAAGACGAGUGAGAAGACAAGUGCCACCAGAUGAUCCCACUACAAGUAGUGAUGAAUUUAUGACAGAGUCUAUCCCAUUCUUGACUUCUUCUAUAGUCCCUUUUCCCAGUCGAGUAACAAGCCUACCAAUCUUAAUUGUCACUUCAGAAAUUGCAACGAGUGAUGAUUCCCCAUCACUGAGUAUAAUAGAGUCAUCAUCUCCUGACCUCUUCAUAUCACCAACAACAACUGUCCUCCAUUCAUCAAGUUCAUUGAUAAGCGAUGAUUUCCCAUCGCUGAGUAUAAUAGAGUCAUCAUCUCCUGACCUCUUCAUAUCACCAACAACAACUGUCCUCCAUUCAUCAAGUUCAUUGAUAAGCGAUGAUUUCCCAUCGCUGAGUAUAAUAGAGUCAUCAUCUCCUGACCUCUUCAUAUCACCAACAACAACUGUCCUCCAUUCAUCAAGUUCAUUGAUAAGCGAUGAUUUCCCAUCGCUGAGUAUAAUAGAGUCAUCAUCUCCUGACCUCUUCAUAUCACCAACAACAACUGUCCUCCAUUCAUCAAGUUCAUUGAUAAGCGAUGAGUUCUCUUCGCUCAUGAUGAAUAUGUCUUCAUAUUCUGAUUUCAUUUCAAGCUCGAGUAUUAUAGACCCCAUAAUGACAACUAGCAGUGACUUUCCUUUUCCAUCUUCAACUUCAUUAGGAGAAAUUUCAAUGACCGAUCCAUUACCAAGCAGUGCUGAGCCAACCCUUUCUAUUCCUACAGAAAUUUUAUCAAGUAGCAGUGACUUUAUAAUGUCAAGCUUUACAGAAAUUACUGCUAGUACAUUCAUAUUUGAUAGCCCAACUUCAAGCCUCCUAGAGCCAACUAGUGUAGUAUCCUCCAGCAUUAUUACAAGCAGUAGUGAUUUUUAUCUUUCCUCCUCACAAUUACUUUCCAGUAGCAUGGAUUCAUUUAGCACUAGCAUAUUUGAAUCUCCUACUCCAAGCAUAUUAUUACCUGAGACCAGUAGUAGUAUGAUAUUUGAAUAUCCUACUCCAAGCAUAUUAUUACCUGAGACCAGUAGUAGUAUGAUAUUUGAAUAUCCUACUCCAAGCAUAUUAUUACCUGAGACCAGUAGUAGUAUGCCAUUCGAAUCUCCUACUCCAAGCAUAUUGCUACCUGAGACCAGUAGUAGUAUGAUAUUUGAAUAUUCUACUCCAAGCAUAUUAUUACCUGAGACCAGUAGUAGUAUGCCAUUCGAAUCUCCUACUCCAAGCAUAUUGCUACCUGAGACCAGUAGUAGUAUGAUAUUUGAAUCUCCUACUUUAAGCUCAUUACUACCUGAGACCAGUAGUGUGUCAUUUAUUCUAGAAUCAGUUAGUGAGCUAUUUGAGUCUCCUUCUCCAACUUUAUUCCCUGAUAGCAGUAGUAGUGAAAUUAUAUUUGAAACACCUAUUAGUAGUAGUAGUGGUACAUUUGAAUCACCUACUCCGAGCUUUAUAGAACCAUCUAGCAGCAGUGACAUCAUGUUUGAUGACCCAACUAGCAUUCUACAAACGUCAUCUUUUAUUUCACCUAUAGCAUCACCCAGUGAAGAUUUCACACCCAUUCCAAGUCCAACCGAUGAGUUUUCAUCAACGCCAAGCUUUUUGCUCAGUAGUAGUGAUGAAAUUACUAGCAGUAGUGAAUUUGAGUCUAGCUUGAUUUUACUAUUUAGCAGUAGCAGUGAGAUUAUUAGUGAACUGCUACCAACUUCAAGUAUAGAAGAAGAACCUUUUACUACUGUUCCAAGCAUAGGAGAAUCUUUUACUGCUGUAACAAGCAUAUACAUUAGUAGCACUAGCACUACCAAUAAAUUUCCCUCCAGCAGUUUUGGAGAUCUGAGUAGCAGUGUAGUGACAGAAUCUUUCUCAAUGGAUAUUAGCAGUAUAGUUCCUUCACCACCAUCUACACAGACUCCUACACCUAGCAGUACACAUGGGCCACCUUUCGCAAGUAUUACUUCAGAAUUAUUUAGUAGUACUAGCGAAAUACCAUUUGAAUCAUCUUCUGAGUUUAUAACUGAAAGUUUUUUUACGCCAUUUGUAAGUGAGAGUACCAGUUUUCAAUCACCUUCAAUUGACAUGACAAGAAGUCUUCCUCCUUCUGAGUCUACCAGUACAAUAGUGUCAUCACCUGUCACUAGUAGUAAAAUUACAUCUGGCUCUGAAUUUUCCACUUUUCUGCCACCAAGCACUGAAGAAUCAAUGUCACUUUCUGCGUCAAUUAGUCCUUCAUCAACACUUCUUUCAGUCAUAGUGUCAUCAUUCAUUGAAGAAAGCUCAACAAGUAUCACAUUAGACGUAACCUCCACCAUCACAGAGCCUUCAUUCGAUUCUUCAUUCCUAUUUUCAACAAGUCUUACUAAAGUAACUUCGUUAGUAGAAAUUUCUCCAAGUAGUACAAAAAUAUUUUCACCAACAAUUACUUCGUCAUCAGAGGCUCCUUCCCCAUCCCCCACCAACAAUAGGCCACUGUUACUCAAUCCAAUAGGUGCACUCCUCGUCCAAGAGGGUACAGUUUUUAGUCAUAGCAUACCAGAUGAUACGUUCUAUGAUAUAGAAGAUGGCUAUAAUUUGACUCUAAGGCUACAAAGUGAAGUCAAUUGGAUUGGGAUUAUGAAUCAAAAUGCAAUCAUUGGUCUUCCCUUAUCAACGGAAAUUAUUGGCCACUACAUCACAAGGUAUAACAUUGAGAUAAGGGCAUACGAUCGUAAUGGUCGGUUUGCAUCUGAGAUUAUAACUGUUAGCGUAAACCCAAGACACGGCCUAUUACUCGAAAAUUACAUUCAGGUGUCAGUAGAUGAGAAUUUUACAACUUUUAAUGAAAACGUUAGAGCUAAAGUGGAUCUCAUUACAAAACUUGGGAUGUCGGAUCCAAAUGAUAUUUACGUUUACAGUCUCACCAGUGGAAGUGUUGUAAUCUCUUAUACCAAUAUAUCAAUUAGAAGUGACGACUGCAAGGAAUUCAAUAAUUUUGUCAAUUCCAUAUAUCAUAGCAGAAACUAUACUGAUGCAUUUAAGACUCAAAUAAACCCGUACAUACCAAUAGGAUCCCUAAAAGUUUUUGGCACAUGCAAUAGAUCAGUAGGAACUUAUGAGACAAUACAACCAACAAUCGGAAUAAUAGAUGACCCAAUCUCAGAACAACUGAUCUUUCUAGCUGUUGUACUCCCAUUGGUAGUACUAGCUUGCAUACUACUGGUACUCUGUUUAGUUGUAUUCAUUACUUAUCGCUGGAGGCGAAUGGAAAGAAAUUACAUCCUGAACGAGGAGCAGAAGAUCCUAUUAAAUAGAAAACCGAUAGUAUUCCUGGACGAGUCAGAGAGUCUCUCUCGCUCAAGGAGACCUACGAUACUAGCAGAAAGAUUAAGAGGCAGUGGCUAUCAUUCUCUCAUGAACACUGAAUCAGAAGGACUGGAUGAUACAUUCACUACUAUACCCGAACAUGACACAGUUAGUUUAACGGACGAAGCUCUACAAUUUCCUUUUGUUGAAAUAUCAGGACCUUCACAUCCUAAUGCACUCCCACCAUACAGACAUCCUCCACAAUUACGUUAAUUAUUAUUAUUAUUAUUAUUCUAACUAUCUACUAUGCAUUUUGUUUUAUAAUAACAAAAAUUAUUUUAU